AUGAUGAACUUAAACCAUGAAAAUGGGAAUCGUACUGUUGAGAAACGCCCAAUCAAACCAUUGACGACACGGCAGGAGAGAAAGCUAGUUGAUUAUCUCGACGAGGCUUUCUUGCAGCUUACUCGGAAUUUCAAGAAGCGGACAGAGGCUUCUUCCACUCUUAAAACGCUGCCGACAUACCUAGAAGCUGUGCGACAAAUUCUUGCCAUCGUCCUGCAGAUACCCCCAGUGGACCCAUCCACGAGCCUGCGAAUCGCGUACAUGCUUCGCCUUACAGGAGAUGCGUUAUCUUCUAUCCCAGGUUAUACUCUAGGCUCGGACGAAACUACGACUCGCGAUACUUUGCAAGAUCUUGUCGACUUUCUCGACGAUUUGGAUCAAGCGUGGAUUGCUGUGUUGCAGAACCAAAUCUGGGAUCCAGAGUCCGCAGAAGGCGUCGAUCUCGUUCUUCCUGCAGAAAUCGAAGGUCUAUCGUCUUCUCCAGAGACCAACGGCCAUCCUGUCGCGCGUACCCUGAAAUCAACUCCUCCCAGUCAGACUGACGUCACUCGUCUGCGUAGCCUCCUUUUUGCCGGGCAGUCGUCAUUGGAGGAAUGGUUGGCCCAUGAACGUGGAUCAGGCGGUGAAGAAGAGCCUCAAGAUGUUUCCAGUAUGCUCUCCCGGAUGGGCCUGCUUGAUGAUUUCGAUUCGCUAUUCGUUCGGACCCUCAAUUUCUUGGGUGGUUUUGCGGGGAAUGUAGCAAGAAACACCGUUGAUCCCCUAGAUGAGGCCGUAAUGGAGGAUACAAGUUGUGCUUGA